GCCUCUGCCUGUGAUCUGAAGUAUUGAAUUAUUUCGCGGCCAUUUUUGAGUUGAGAAAUUUGGAGCUCGCUAUUGUCAGUAAACAUUGCAGCUGAAACGACGACAUUCUGAAUAGAUAACGCCAAAACAUGCGUCUUUUCCAAACUACGCGUUUAAAACACAUCAGCAUUGGAAAUGUAUCUGCGUCUAGAGUGAAGGAAAGUAACAAAACAGUGAGUGCUGCAGGCUCUGGAGGUUUGUUGAGGCUGAAGUUUUCUUGCACAGGUGUGUCUGGACCAAGUUACCUGCAAAAUGUAAAGACUAAUAUCGGACAUGGAUGUAUACCGCUGGCUUAUAAGCCAAACACAAAUGAUAACGCUUACAGGAAACAUUUUAUUCGCGCGUUUUCAUCAAAAUACACGUAUGAGGACGCGUUUGGCCUGGCACGUGACAAACCAGAAAAGUUUUGGAGUGAAGCGGCUCGUGGGAUUACUUGGUUUGAACACUGGACCAACACUCUGGAUGAUACGGAUACAGUGUUUCCAAAAUGGUUUGUUGGAGGAAAGCUGAAUAUGUGUUAUAAUGCUGUCGAUCGGCAUGUGGAGAAUGGAAGAGGUGAUCAAGCAGCUGUCAUUUAUGACAGUCCUGUUACUGGCACUAAAGUGGUCAUCACAUACAGAGAAAUGCAGGAGCAGGUGUCCAGGUUGGCGGGGGUUCUGGUGAGGCAUGGCGUGAAGAUGGGUGAUCUGGUGGUGAUCUAUAUGCCUAUGGUUCCUCAGGCCAUGUUCGCCAUGCUGGCAUGUGCCCGUAUUGGUGCCACCCACAGCCUCAUAUUUGGAGGAUUUGCCUCCAAAGAGCUUUCCGUCCGUAUCGACCAUGCUAAGCCCAAGUUGCUGGUGACAGCAUCAUAUGGCAUCGAGCCAGGCAGAAGAGUGGAGUACAUUCCCCUGGUGGAGAAAGCUCUGGAGCUCAGCACUCACAAACCACACAAAGUCCUCAUCUACAACCGGCCCAGCAUGGAAAAGGUGUCCACGCGUCCUGACCUGAGUUUGGACUGGGAGGAGGAAAUGGCCACUGCCCGCCCUCAUGACUGUGUGUCCGUCCCUGCUCAUCAUCCUCUGUACGUCCUGUACACCUCCGGCACUACUGGCACUCCUAAGGGUGUAGUCAGAGAUUCAGGAGGAUAUGCCGUGAUGUUAAACUGGACCAUGUCUAACGUUUAUGGACUGUCUCCUGGUGAGGUUUGGUGGGCCGCGUCUGACCUUGGCUGGGUGGUGGGCCACUCCUAUAUCUGCUACGGUCCGCUUCUACACGGCAACACAACUGUGCUCUACGAGGGUAAACCUGUGGGGACUCCGGACCCUGGGGCCUUUUUCCGUGUGAUGUCUGAGCACGGAACAGCCUCUAUGUUUACCGCUCCCACUGCUAUCAGAGCCAUUCGCCAACAUGACCCUCAGGCAGAACACGGGAAGCAGUACCCACUCAGCAGGCUGAGGAACUUGUUUGUAGCCGGAGAGCGCUGUGACAUAGAGACCCUUGAAUGGGCCAAGAGAAGUUUUGGAGUCCCAGUGCUGGAUCACUGGUGGCAAACUGAAAGCGGCUCCUCCAUCACUGCGUCCUGUGUGGGUCUGGGCUGCUCACUCGCUCCCCCUGCCGGUACAGCCGGUAAAGCCGUGCCUGGAUACGACGUGACAGUGAUUGAUGAUGAUAUGCAACAGGUGAAACCAAGGACUCUGGGAAAUAUUGUGGUAAAGCUUCCUCUGCCUCCCGGGGCGGCUCUCAGUCUCUGGCAGAAUCAGACGCUGUUUAAGAAGGUGUACUUCACCAAGUUCCCUGGUUACUACGACACCAUGGACGCAGGGUUUGUGGACGAGGAGGGCUUCUUGUACAUCAUGUCUCGGUCCGACGACGUCAUCAACGUGGCGGGUCACAGGCUGUCCACCGGUGCCCUCGAAGAGUCCGUCCUGCUGCACCCUGCCGUGGUGGACUGUGCUGUGGUGGGGCUGGAGGACUCCCUGAAGGGACAUGUGCCUCUGGCUUUGUGUGUGCUCGGAAAUG